AUGGAGCCGCAGCUGCUGUGCUGCGAGGCGGACCGGCCGGCCAUCCGGAGGGCCUACCGGGACUCCAACCUGCUCACCGACCGGGUGCUGCACGCGCUGCUGCGCGCGGAGGAGCGCUACCUGCCCGCGGCCAACUACUUCAAAUGCGUCCAGAGAGAGAUCGCCCCGUACAUGAGGAGGAUCGUGGCCACCUGGAUGCUGGAGGUGUGUGAGGAGCAGAAGUGUGAGGAGGAUGUCUUCCCUCUGGCCAUGAACUACAUGGACCGCUUCUUGUCGGUGGAGCCCACCAAGAAGAACCACCUGCAGCUGCUGGGAGCCGCCUGCAUGUUCCUGGCAUCCAAACUGAAGGAGACCAUCCCCCUGACGGCGGAGAAGCUCUGCAUCUACACAGACAACUCCGUCACCCCCUCCCAGCUGCUGCAAAUGGAGCUGCUGGUUUUGAGCAAGCUGAAGUGGGACCUGGCUUCUCUGACCCCGCUGGACUUCAUCGACCACUUCCUGGCCCAGCUGGCGGUCCGCAGGGAGAACCGGCCCAUCCUGAGGAAGCACGCCCAGACCUUCGUGGCUCUGUGCGCCACAGAUGUGAAGUUCAUCGCCAGCCCUCCGUCCAUGGUGGCGGCAGGCAGCAUGGUGGCAGCAGUGGAGGGUCUGCAGAUGAAGAUGGUGGGCGACGCCAUGAUGUCCCAGAAACUGACGGAGCAGCUGGCGGGCACCAUCCGGAGCGACCCGGACUGCCUCCGGGCCUGUCAGGAGCAGAUCGAGUCGCUGCUGGAAACCAGCCUCCGACAGGCGCAGCAGCACGCGCUUCCCAUGGAAACCAAGAACCGGAGCGAGGGGCAGGACCUCUCCACGACCCCCACAGACGUACGGGACGUCAACAUCUGAGGGCCGCUUGGCGAGGAGCAGCUUGUGGUUCUGCGUUUCAGUACGAACUGGUGUGAAGCCCCGUGCGAUCCAGACUGCUGCAUGAGGGCUCGCGCUGAGCGUCCGCAUGGGAACGCACGGGGAUUGCUGCCCGCUGCCCGCGAGGCAGAGCCGGUUUCCACCUGCAGGAUGACCCCUUUGGUUCGCUUUCCACUCAGUCACGCCGGCAGCGAGUCUGCUCAGAGCGGCUGUUAGUUACAUUAGAUGGGUGGACUCCUACCAAAGUCAGUCUGAAACACGUGGCUUUAGACAGCUGUAGGCUUGAAUAUUACCCAUUCUCAGUUUACUGGACUGUAACUUCUAGUGGUAUUAUAAAACUAAGCUGUUUUUUCCUUUUUUU